UGUAGAAGUUUUAUGGUUUUGGUAAAUAACCGCCUUACCUCGUCUGAGGCCUUGUACAGAUUUGAAUUCAUAUCAUUUUCGUCUUUAUCAGUUGCAGAUGUUUGAUUUGAAUUCAAAUUAGUUGCUGCAGAGCUGGAAAGUUCUCUAACACCACCGUGCUGGACCUGCGGACUUUCGUCUCAGCAGCAGCAGCAAGCUAGUGCACGGCACACGACCCCACCCAACUCCACAAAACCCUAAUUCUCCAUUCGAAAAAGUCCUGGGGGGAAAAUGCCAUUCAUUUCACAAAUACAGCGGCAAUCCGAUUUCAAUCUCUUCCCCUCCACCACGCCCAUCGUCAUCGACAAUGGCGCCUCCUAUUUUCGUAUCGGGUACGCCCCCCGCAGAAAGCCUAACUCAACCUCUAUACAUAAAUUCAUGGGCCGGAGAGACGGAUCCUCGUGUUAUUUUCCGCAACAUUGUCCAGAGGCCGCGGCAUAAAGCUACCGGCGAAACUGUAAGUAUUGUUGGUGAUCAUGAUCCUGCACUGUUGAAGUACUUUGAUUGCACUCGGUCAGGGCCUCGUUCAGCUUUUGAUGGCAAUGUUGUAUAUCAGUUUGAAAUAAUGGAAUACAUUCUUGACUUUGGCUUUGAUCGGAUGGGUGCAAAUGGAGCAGAGAUUGAUCAUCCUGUACUGAUUACAGAAGGCGUGUGCAACCCUGUUCAGUCUCGUAGUAAAAUGGCAGAACUUCUUUUUGAGACUUAUGGCAUUCCAUCAGUAGCAUUUGGUGUUGAUGCUGCAUUCAGCUAUAAAUAUAAUCAACAACUUGGGGUUUGUGAUAAAGAUAGCCUUGCUAUCUGCCCAGGGUUUUCCACAACUAACGUGAUUCCGUUUAUUGAUGGGGAGCCUGUUUACAGAGGAAGCUGCCGAACCAAUAUCGGUGGAUACCACAUCACUGAUUAUUUGAAGCAACUUCUUUCACUUAAAUACCCUUAUCACAUGGCUAGGUUUACAUGGGAGAAGGUUGAAGACUUGAAGAUGGAGCAUUGUUAUAUCACUCCAGAUUAUGCUUCUGAAGCUCGAUUGUUUCAGAAAGGGACCAAGGAAGCUGAAGAUAAAACCAGGUCUUGGCAGCUACCAUGGAUUCCACCACCAGCUGAGGAGCCUCCUUCAGAAGAAGAGAUUGCAAGAAAGGCAGCCAUAAAGGAGAAACAAGGUCAAAGGUUGCGAGAAAUGGCCGAGGCAAAGAGGUCAUCUAGGAUUAAUGAACUAGAAAAUGAAUUGCAUGGUUUGGAAUUUCUUUUACAGCAGCUUGAACAAGUGGAAGAUGAUGAUAUUCCAUCGUUCCUGUCAGCAACGGCCUAUGUCUCCAAGCAGGAAGUAGAAUCUGCCCGCCAGAAAGUCUCACAAUCUUUACGGAAAGCAAAAGGUGAACCAAAGGGUGACCAAGUGGAAGCUGAGGAGAAGAUUGAUCUUGCUCAAAACGAAAAGUUUCCUCUUAUCGAUAUUCCUGACAACAUGCUGACACCAGACCAGCUGAAGGAGAAGAGGAGGCAGUUGUUUCUUAAAACCACAUCUGAAGGCAGGCAGCGAGCUAAACAGAAACGCUAUGAAUCGGAAUUAGAACAAGAAAGAAAAAAUCAACAAGACGAAGAAAAACGCUUAGAGAACCCAGAGCUUUAUUUAGAGCAGCUGCGUGAUAAAUACAAAGAGCUUUCUGAGAAAGUUGAGCAGCGAAAACGUCUUAAAACAAAUGGGAACCAUACAAAUGGAAAUGGUAUGUCUGGAGCUGUUGGUCGUGGUGAGAGAUUGAGUGCAGCGCAGAGGGAAAGGAUGCGCCUCUUAACUACAGCAGCCUUUGAUCGAGGAAAGGGCGAGGAUACUUUUGGUGCCAGGGAUGAAGAUUGGCAACUUUACAAACUGAUGAGCAAAGAUAAUGAUGAUUAUGAUGAGGGACCAGAUCAGGAGGAAGCAGAACUGACUCGCAUAUCUUCCAGGCUCCAGGAAAUAGAUCCGACAUUUGUUCCCAAGUCAGAAUUAGGCACCUCUCAACCUGUUGAAGUACCACGAUUUCGUCCUCUGACCAAGGAAGACCACCAGAUUGUUCUUGGGGUCGAAAGGUUCCGAUGCCCUGAAAUUUUAUUUCAUCCCAACUGGAUAGGGGUGGAUCAGGCAGGGUUAGAUGAGAUGGCUGGGAACUCAAUAAGGAGGUUGCCAUCCGUGGGUCAAGAUGUGGAGGAGAGACUGACUAAUUCAAUAUUUUUGACCGGUGGCAGUUGUCUUUUCCCUGGUAUUGCGGAGCGCUUGGAAGCAGGAAUCCGGAUGAUUAGGCCAUCUGGGUCGCCUAUAAAGGUGGUAAGAGCAGUUGAUCCUGUUCUUGACGCAUGGCGUGGGGCUGCUGUUUAUGCUGUUGAUCCACAGUUUCCAACACAAACUUUCAGUAGAACAGAUUACUUUGAGAAGGGUGAAGACUGGCUUCGCAGAUAUCAGCUGCGAUAUAGUUUAUAAAUGAUUCGGCCUGGGUGCAUUACUGUAAAUCAUCGUCACAUUAUAUGACUCUCUAAGUCCAUUAAAUUCUAGACUUUUUCCAACCACACAAGAAUCACGGAAUAAAAAUAUCAACAUACUUUACCAAAAGAGAAUCCUCUUACAGAAGAAACUCGUCAUUGAUGAAUGAGAGGAUUCUUUCUAUUAUAGCUGUCGUGCACUCCUCGUUAUUGGCUGAGUCAUUCUUUCUAUUACAGCUAAUUUGAGAACAAAUUCAAUUUUCAAAUUUUUAUUGGUGAUUUGUGAUUA